AUGACACAAGGACGCUUUUGGCCCAAAAGGGAAGUAAUUUGUUAUUCCAGUGCUCCCGGUAUGGGAAAAACUACUUUUGUCCAAAAUCUGGCUAAUGCUAUGGGUCGGGACUGCUCAAAAAAUCCGGUUAUUCUCCUCGAUGAAUUAGAAAAAGUCGAGGAUAAAGAAAUUCAGAAGCAUUUAAUCCAACUUUUUCAGGAUUAUAAAGCAGGAAAAAAGUUCACUGAUAAAUAUUUUCAAACAGAAAUAGAUUUAAGCCAUAUUACCUUUUUUGCUACUGUAAAUUAUAUUGAUGAUUUGGAUCUAGAAUUAAAAAAAGAAAUUGAUAUAACUGAGUUGCCAGAUUUCACUGAUGAAGAAAAAGAAAAAAUUUUAAAAAUGAAAGCGGAUGAGAUUAAUGAAAAAUACCCCGAAAAAAAAGGUGGCAUUAUAAAUGAAAGGAUUAUUAAAGAAAUACUCAAGCAAAUUAAAGAAGUGGGAGUAAGACAAGCCGAAAGAGCACUACGUAAAAUUGAGGAAGAAUAUAUUUAUACUAAAAACAAUAAUGAAAAAUUUACCGUUACAGAAAAUCCUUCAGAAUGA